CACGCGUCUCAUAACCCUAGGCAUCACACUGACUAACUUCCUAACUACUACAGUCGCUGUAUGAACACAAAUAGACUAUGGGACUCCUGACAGCUGCAGCAAUUGCUGCGGGAGCAGGCGGAGCUGUGGUUGCCGCACCGUUGGUCCUCGCGGGGAUCGGUUUCACAGCUGGUGGAAUAGUAGCGGGGUCCUAUGCAGCGGGUAUGAUGUCGGCCGCAGCAGUGGCCAACGGAGGAGCUGUGGCAGCCGGCACAACUGUGGCUGUGUUACAGUCCGCAGGUGUUGUUGGCCUUUCAGGAACAGCCACAGCAGCAGUGGCAGGUGCCGGUGGGACACUGGGCUGGCUUACUGCAGCAGCAGCCGCUCUGAUUUAAAGGAAUAGUCUGCUCUCAAGACGAUGACCAUCAGGAUUUUCUGUUCUGUUGUUGGCUUAUCUGAACAUUGGAGUAUCUACUUGCAGACUGCAGUUAGGCUUAAUAAUGCAUAAGUUUGACCCAGACAGGUUUUAUAUGCAAUAAACUAAAGUCAUUCCUCUGCAUUGUAACUUAAAAUGUUUUUCUACUGCUGUAGUUGUAGCUCUGUAGCUUAAAUGUUAAAAUGCUUAAAUGUUAAUAGAUUGACUGUUGUUCUAUUGCUGCAUGUAAGUUGCUUUUAAUGUAAAUUUAAAUAUGUUUCACUACCCUUCGAAUGUUUAACAUGGGUCUAAAAUGGCCUGUAUUCAUUUCUAUAUUUCAAGUUCAAGUUUAUAGACAGAUAAAAAUGUCACAUCAUACCAGUAAUGACAUUCUUAGACACAACUUCACAGAGUAAGUGAAAUAGAAAUAAUAAUUAAAAAAAAGUUAAAAGUAUUUAAAGUCUUAAGACCAAAAAGAAAGAUAAGAAGAAGAAUUGAAGUGGUAAUUGCAAUCAUUGAUGAUAUUAAAGUACACUUUAAACAA